UCCGAUUGCAGAACAAGUCAUCUACAGGAAGAGCAGUGAUAACGCAUUUCCGCUUUCCUGGUGCUUUCCGUUGUUUCUGUUGUUGUCCAAGUGAGGAGAAUAACACUUAGUUUUACUAUCUUAUUCGAAGUAAAAGCCUAUCGUGACCGUGGAAGAGUGUGUUUUCUAAUUGUAACCUUUAGCUUUAGUAAUUGCCGGUGUGUCGUUAGACAAUAACUGAACGGAAAUAUAUCAAUAGUGCAGUUUUAAUUCAAUUUCCACGACAAACAACCCCUCGUUUCAGUUGCAAGCAAUCGGCAGCUAUGUGCAAUCGUCACAUUCACCAAUUGUUGAAUUUUGCAAAUAUCAUUGUGCUACUGGCCCUGAGCGUGUCGAUUAGUCAUAUACAGGCGAACGAAGCCACGACAGACCAGCACGUUGAUACCAUGGUGAAUAAAAAUCUCCAAAAGCGAUCGUGGACUAAUCUCCAAGGAAGUUGGGGUAAACGAACCUCGGAUGAACCUACUAAUCAGCAGCCCUACACAGACGCAGAUUAUUUCGGGUACUCCAACAAGGACGAAUACCCUGUAGAAUACAAUACUGGCAAUAAUUUGGAAGGGCUCAAUAGAUACUUGAUAGAAAACUUGGUUAACCAACGUUUAAGUCAUUUGGACACGCAAUACGAUGGAUCUGAUGAUGAACAUCCGGUGGAUAAACGGGCUUGGAAUAAAAUGAACGGCAGCUGGGGUAAACGAGUUAAUUCAGGGCCUACACAAUGGAACAAAUUUAGAGGAGCUUGGGGCAAACGCGAACCAGGCUGGAACAAUCUGAAAGGACUAUGGGGCAAAAGAUCCGAGAAAUGGAACAAGCUAUCUUCGUCGUGGGGCAAACGUGAUAUCGAUAACAGCAAUAGUUACUAAGCCUGAAAAAUUCUAGUUAAAGGAGUUUGUAUAUAUCCCCAAAACUUAUGUUAUCUAAAAUACGAUGUCUCGGUUCGAAAAAACUGUUUCUUUGCAUUUAGAGUAACUGUAAGAAGGUAUAAUUUUUUGAGAGUAUGAAAUGCGUGAAGAGCUAUAUUCCUGUUGCGGUACAUCUUCUGUUAGAAAUGCAUGGAUCUACAAUAAACCAAAAUUCGAAAUAUUUGUAAAAUAUUUUUCUGGAUGGCCAACGCAUCAUUCCUUGAAACAGUAUGAAAUACGAAGUGUGAUCUACGUAAAAUAUUCUAAUGUGCUACUAAUCUUAUAUAACUACAAACAUCGGCAGUACGGUUAAUCAAAACCAGAGUAAUACUUGAAAACAUAUUAAAUAUAAGGUGUCAAUCCAAAAGCA